AUGGAGAGCUACAGAGAUCUGAUCAACAACAACAAGGUUGUCUUGGAUGACGGAAACUAUGGGUUCUGGAAGUCGAGGAUCAAAUCUAUCAUCGGAGGUAUUGAUCGUCUUGCUUGGAAGACUGUUCUGGAAAAGUGGGAGGAAUCGACAAUCAAAGAUGAAUCAUGCAAGAAAAUUCCCAAACCUGAAUCAGACUGGACCGAUGAAGAACAAAAGAGAUCAAAGUUCAACUCAAGAGCAUUAAGCGCCAUUCAUUGUAGUGUUGGAAGAAAACAGUUGGAAUUGAUUCAAGGAUGUGAAACUGCUAAAGAGGCAUGGGAUAUCCUUCAAAUUCAUUAUGAAGGAACAACAAAAGUACAGAGUUUGAGAAAAGAUAUGUUGGCCUCUAGAUUUGAGAAUCUAAGGAUGGAGGAGCAUGAAUCAAUUUCAGACUUUAGUUCAAAGUUGAGUGCUCUGGCACAAGAAGCCUUAACUCUUGGGAAAACUUAUAAGGAUCAGAAGUUAGUCAAAAAGUUUUUAAGAUGUCUUCCAUCAAGAUUCAUGGGAUACAAGACAGCCUUAACUGUCUUUCAAGACUUAGACAAUCUCAGUUAUGGUGAAGUGGUCGGAAUGCUACAGGCACACGAGAUGGAACUUAAUGGAAUUAAGAAACCAAGAGGAAUAGCUCUAGCAGUUAGCAAAGACGUAACUGACCAAGGAGAAGAAGAUGUUGUGAGCCUGUUGGUAAGAAGGUUUGAUCGAGCUUUAAGAAGAAUAGAACGAGGUCAAGGUCAAAGGAAAGGUAACUCAUUCAAAAAGACAAGUGAGGACAAAAAGGCUGAUAUGCAGUGUCAUGAAUGUAAGGGAUAUGGUCAUUUUAUUCGAGAGUGUCCGACAAUCAAGUUGCGAGAUGCCAAGUGCACAAUUUGCAAAGGUACGGGACAUACACAUGAAGAGUGUGUGAGUAACCCUAAUGCUAAGAAAGAAAAAUCUAUGAUUAGCAUUGAGGAUGAAUCAGAUAAUGACAGCAGCAGUGAAGAAGAGCUCAUUAAUUUAGUGGCUAUGGUAGGAAUCACUGAAUUUGAGAAUGGGGAAGAGGUAACUGAUUCAGACUCAGAAGGAGAAGAAGUUCUUGACAUUGUUCAGAGUUACAAAGAAGUGCGAAACACACUUAUUACUCUUGGAAAGAAAAAUCAAGGGUUGGUGAAAGAAAAAUUUCAUCUAGAAGCACUUGUUAUGUCCUUGCAAGAUGAAUUGAUGAAUGAAAAACGGAUUGCUAAGGAUUCGCUUUAUUUGAUGAAAGAGAAGUUGGUUCUAUCAGCAAAAGCAGACAAGUUUGAAGAAGAGCUGCUUAAUGAAAAAAUAACCGCAGAACUACAAUCUAAAUUAGAUCAACAGUAUAGGAAGAUUCACAUGUUCGCAGGCACAAAGCAACUUGACAAGAUUUUGAGCUAUGGGAGAACUGAGUAUACUCAUAGAGGAUUAGGCUAUAAUGAGAACAAGGGAGCUAAAUCACAGACAACUAAAUUUGUGUCGUGA